AUGGUCCAAGAGAGAUACGAAAGUGCUCGAGGGCGAGCUGCGUCCAUCUCGUCAAUCAGCACGGAGUCGUCAAUCACUCAACCGCCGUCAGCCGUGAGCGUGACCGACGACAUUCACUGCAGCACACCUGUGGUUGUACGCACCCGUACAACUGAAGUCACCACCACCGAAUCUCCCGGACACAGCCAAACUAUCCGGACUUCUCGCACAGUCACCACGUAUCACUCGGCCUCCGUCCCCGCGUCACCCUCUCCACAUGUUAGAAGACCCUCGGUUUCUACUACUCCGGCUUCAAUUCAUUCGCCCCCGGGCACCCCUCGCCCUCGCUCUUCCUGCGAACCCGCCUCCCGUGUUAGCGGGCAUACAGCAUCCCUACUGGCAGCACCUCGUACUCCUUCCGCCCGGAGUCGCUCAUUUCAUGUCCCCAACACCAACACCCGCCCUCCUUCCGUCCCUUCCGUCCCUUCCCAUGCCCACCGGACCCUCAUCCCUCACCCAAACUAUUUUCGGAAGCCGAAUUAUCACGUCAAGCGCUUCUAUGUCAUUACACGCGGACAAGAGGUUGGGAUAUACGAUAAUUGGCACGAUGUCUCGGAGCGCACUACAGGCAUGACGAGCAAUAAGCAAAGCCACUAUUCCACGUUCGAGGAGGCUCUGGCCGUUUACACACAGAAGUACGAGGACGGCAAGCUUGAACCUAUCCCCGUAAGAGGUGGACCUUUUUGGCGACAAGCUCCCUCAUCCUCGUCACCAUCGGAAGCGUCAGUACAGUCUCGAGCAAGUGACGAAUUUGGAAUUAGGCCCGAGGACGACAUAUCCUCGUUGAUGUUGCAGCUGAGUGUGGAAGAAGCGAAUGGAGGACCCAGUCGCCGUAACAUCUAG